AAUUGUGCCAAUUGUGCUUCAAUCGUUUGGGUUGACAGACGGGAUUGUUUACAUUUUCAAAGUGCGUAUUUUCUGUGAUUUUCUCGCGAAUAGAAGACAGUAUGGAAAAGCCGCCGGUAAAGCGGUAUCGCCGCGAUGAGCAGACGGACAGUGACGCGGAGGACGACUCGAAUUACGUGCCGUACGUGCCCGUGAAGAAGCGACGGAAGGAUCAGCUGCUGAAGCUGGGCAGGAUCGUGCAGCUGACCGCGGAGGCGAACAACGCCAACAAGUCCUCCAGCGAGAAUGAGCACGACGAGGAGAGCGAGGAGGUGUGGGGUCGGAAGUUCAACAUCAGUCUGCUGGAUCAGCACACGGAGCUGAAGAAGAUCGCCGAGGCGAAGAAGGUGAGCGCCGUGGAGAAGCAGCUGAAGGAGGAGGAGAAGAUCCUGGAGAGCGUGGCCGAGAAGAAGGCUCUGAUGGGCGUGGCGGAGUUGGCGAAGGGCAUUCAGUACGAGGAUCCCAUUCAGACCAGCUGGAAGCCGCCGCGAUUCGUCCUGCGCCGCCCGGACUCGCGCCACGCGGCGCUGCGACAGAAGCUGCGCAUCCUGGUGGAGGGAGACGACCUGCCGCCGCCAAUUGCCUCCUUCCGCGACAUGAAGUUCCCGCAGGGCGUGCUGGCGGGGCUGCAGCAGAAGGGCAUCCGGAAGCCCACGCCUAUUCAAGUGCAGGGCCUGCCGACCGUGCUCGCCGGGCGAGAUCUCAUUGGCAUCGCGUUCACGGGCUCCGGGAAGACGCUGGUGUUCGUGCUGCCGCUGAUUAUGUUCUGUCUGGAGCAGGAAGUGAGCCUGCCGUUCAUCAACAAGGAGGGCCCGUACGGGCUGAUCAUCUGUCCGUCGCGCGAGUUGGCCAAGCAGACGCACGACAUCAUCCAGUUCUUCUGCGGCCAGCUGCUGGGCACCGGCAUGCCGCAGAUCCGCACCUGCAUCGCCAUCGGCGGGACGCCCGUGAGUGAGGCCAUCGAAGUGAUCCAACGGGGCGUGCACAUCAUGGUGGCCACGCCGGGGCGCCUCAUGGACAUGCUGGACAAGAAGAUCGUGACGCUGGACUGGUGCCGCUACCUCGUGAUGGACGAGGCGGACAGGAUGAUCGACAUGGGCUUCGAGGAGGACGUGCGCACAAUCUUCUCCUUCUUCAAGGGACAGCGACAGACGCUGCUGUUCUCCGCCACGAUGCCAAAGAAGAUCCAGAACUUUGCCCGCUCGGCACUGGUGAAGCCGGUGACGAUCAACGUGGGACGCGCUGGGGCGGCGUCCAUGAAUGUGACACAGGAGGUGGAGUAUGUGAAGCAGGAGGCCAAGAUCGUCUAUCUGCUGGACUGUCUGCAGAAGACGCCGCCGCCCGUGCUGAUCUUCGCCGAGAAGAAGCAGGACGUGGACGCCAUCCAUGAGUACCUACUGCUGAAGGCCGUCGAAGCGGUGGCGAUCCACGGCGGCAAGGACCAGGAGGAGCGCUCGCGCGCCGUCGAGGGCUUCCGCAAGCAGGAGAAGGACGUGCUGGUGGCCACGGAUGUGGCUUCCAAGGGUCUGGACUUCGCCAAUGUGCAGCACGUGAUCAACUACGACAUGCCGGACGACGUGGAGAACUACGUGCACCGCAUCGGGCGUACGGGGCGCUCGGCGGGCACCAAGGGCCUGGCCACGACCUUCAUCAACAAGUCCACGGACCAGUCGGUGCUGCUGGACCUCAAACACCUGCUGAUCGAGGCGAAGCAGAAGGUGCCGCCAUUCCUCGCCGAGCUUUGCUCGGAAUCCGAGAAGUACCUGGAUCUGGGCGACUCGCAGGGCUGCAGCUAUUGUGGCGGCCUGGGCCACAGGAUCACCGAGUGCCUCAAGCUCGAGGCCGUGCAGAGCAAGCAGGCGUCCAACAUCGGCCGCCGCGACUACCUGUCCAACACCGCGGCGGACUAUUAAGCGCUGCACAGCAAUAUUUAUGUACUUUCCAGAUUCAAUUCAGUAAUAAUAAAUGUGAAAUCUCUUUAUUCUUCGUAAA